AAAAGAAGCGCCUCAGCGCGCCGUUUUUUGGCUUGUCAACCGAAACCACGCAACAUUUUUCUCUGGAAAUAUUUUGUAAAAUCUAUCAAUUUCCUAAUGUGUUAUUCAAUGGAACGUGGGGAUAGAUGCGCCGUACAAAGUUAAGUGGUAUUGAAUACAAGUGAUUAAUUGAAACGGACUAAAAAUCGUUUUCCCACCGUGGUGACCCGCGAACUCACAACAUGCCUCUGUUAAAAAGGAAAGCAUUUGAGAAAUCAAAGGCGUCGGAGUACCUCAGGGAUGACGAUGAGGUCUUUCAUUGCGAGAUCACUGAUGAAAUUUUCAAAGAUUAUGAAGAAUACUGUGAGAGGAUCAUUCUCGUCAAUUCAAUGGUAUGGACAUGUGAGAUGACAGGGAAGAACAACUUGACAUACUCAGAAGCCCUUCACAGUGAGAGGACAGCACGGAGAGCUCUGAAAGAUUUCCCUAUGGAGCUCCGUAUACCCAUACUGUACCUAGCAAUGAGAACCAAGAGGUGUUCCUUUGCUGAGAUGUCUGAGGAUGUCUUUAAUUUUGUGAGGGACCGGUACUUUGUGGGAGAGACAGUGGAGGCCUGUCUGGAGGGAGAGGUGUGGAGAGAGGGUCAUAUACUCUCCAUUACCGCACAGAAACAGCACCCAGACAGCAAAACAAUGUUACCAUCUACAGCAUACUGCUACGAAGUGGAACAGUAUCAUGAAAGUGACCCCUCCGCGUCAGGACAGAUAGGCACAGCGCCGUCAGAUCGUGUGCGCAGGCGCAAGGGAGUCUACACGCGCGAUAAGAACCGCCUCUUCCUCAAACAGUUUGUUGAAGGCGGUUCCGAUGGUGUUAUUUCUAUUAAGAAAUCAGCACAGGAAAAGUACAAUAUAAGCAAAGUAAGCUUUGACCAAAUAUUCACGGGCAACCCACCAGUUUUCCCAUCAUCUAAGAAGCUCCUAAAGUCACCAACAGCUUCCAAAGGUCCAACUAAGCCAGGGUCUGCCUCCAAACUGACUAAGACCGUCAAAAAACCUAGCCCUGAUAAGAAGGGGCGUCAGGAGUCCAUGGACAAAUUUGUGAAGAAGACAGAUAAAGCUGAAGCACAAAAGAAUAAGCCUCCAAUGGACCCGGCAGCUAAAAAGAGUGCGCAAGAAAUGGCGGAGAAGAUGCGCAAAGCAGAAGAUUUGAUGCGACAGCGCAAGGAAGAAGAGAGGUUGCGCAAAAAGGAGAAGACUGCACGACUGCAGGCCUACAUGAAGGAGUGGCAGAAAGUUAAAGAUGAUAUAGAACUGGAGGAUCACAAAGUGUUACCAACUGGUACUCUGGUAGAAGUGGAAGGGAUACCUCACGAACACUUUGGUGACUUCCUCUCAGUUCUGGAGUUUGUGCACCAAUACUCCGAGAUCCUCAAGGUGAAGGAUGUAUUCCACAACCAGCAACUAGACCUGGAGACGUUCAGGAAGGCUCUGACCCAGAAGGAGCAUGCUGGCCUGUUCAGUGAUCUGGUGCAGAUGUUCCUGACUACCGUGUUCUCCUUGCAAGAAGAUGAAGCUGAGGAGUAUAAUGAGAAUGGAAGAAUACAACUGUCUACUGGUGAAGAGGACAAAGAAGCAGACACUGAGAUGGGUGUGACGAAGGCGAUGGAGCUGGCGACCAAAGCCAGCAAAUGGUCACAGACAUACCUCGGCACUCCGCUCAGCAAACUGCCUCUUGACCCCACCACAGUCAGCGAAGUUUUGAGACUGCACCUGCUGUCGUCGGGCGCGGGCCCGGGCGGGCGCUGCGCCACGUGGCGCUACCAGGCGCGCGGCGGGUACACCAGCGCGGACGACGCCGGCCUGCGCCUGCGGGUGCAGCGGCCCGCGCUACUGCACGCGCUGCACUCCACGCAUGUCGCGGAUUUAUCACUCGAGGACAAGUUCCUAGUGCUCCAAUGCCUAAUGAACCAGAUCCUGAGUUACGCCACAUUGAGAGACGUCAUUGAAGAACGACUUGAAGAAAUGAAGAAUACCAAACAAGCUCUCAGACUGUUACAAACAAAUGAAAGGAAACGGGAAGCUCAGUUGAUAACAGCAAAACAAGAGAUUCGUAAAGAGGCAUUUGCUAAGAAGGAAGAGAAUAAGCUGACCGGAGAGAAGGCAAGGGCAGUGGAUGAGGAGAUGAAGGCAGCCAUAGACAAACUUAUAGCAGAGAGUGAGGAGAAGAAAAAGCAGUAUGAGAAGGAGCUGAAGGGGUACCAGGAGGAAUUGUUCGAGUAUACUACUUAUCUUGGGUCGGACCGCGCGUUCCGGCGCUACUGGGUGUGCCGCGCGCUGGCGGGCGUGUUCGUGGAGGCGGGCGCGGGCGGGCGCGGGCCGUGCCGCCACAAGCCCGUGUCGCCCGCGCCAAGGGACGCCGGCGACACGCUGGCGCACGUCGCCAAGCUCUUCGAGCAGCAGAGGGAGAGAGCAGGAAGCGACAAAGAAAACGAAUCCGGUGCCAACUCCCGCGGCAGUUCACCUAAGAAGCCAUUGUCCAAUCUCAAUGGUAUCAGUCAGAAAAUGAAUGGCACAGUAAUAGACUCCACUACCCAACAACUGCAGGACCUGCUCAUGUGUACUGGAGAUAUCACCACUUGUCUCGUACAUGGAAAGAGCCUCCGCCCCCGUUGGUGGGUGUUCCACACGGCGGAGCAGUUGUCUGCGCUGACGGCGGCGCUCAACAAGCGCGGCCUGCGGGAGGGGGACCUGCGCCAGGCCCUGGACCAGGACAAGGACAGGAUACUCGCUCACAUCGCCAAGUGCCCACUGCAUCUACUCAACCCGACUGCCGCGCCUGCUCCCCCCGCGCCGACGGUCCACUACGGCACCCGCCACCGCAAGUUCCAGCCGUCACUGAAUGUCCCAGCAGACAGUACACUGUCUGAAGCAUUGGAGCUGUCUCUCAGGGACCAUAUCCUCGAGCUGGAGGAGAAGAUCUUCCAUGGACUACUCGGGUCACUCAAAGUUAAGGACCGCGAAGCAUGGCGCGGCACUAUAAUGCUGCGCGGCUACGACAAGCAGGCCGAGUACCUCACCUGGGGACCUGACAACCAGUACCGGGACGACUACCAUCACCCCAAUGGAGUGCUCAAACUACCCACCGACAUAGAAGAAUCAGACAUGAAAACCAUAGCAAUAAACAAAUACCGCGACCCCGGCUACUACUUGGAGGCGCCCAAAGUGAAUGGAGUCAAGAAGGAGCCCCCGGAGCCCGGGGCCAAGCCCGAAGUGGUCCGGGGCCUCGCGUCCGCACUGCUGCAAGUGUCACAAGCUAUUAACCACAAGUACCUGAAACGACCACUCGGCCUCGACGAUAAGGAAAGAAAAGACAGAGAAGCGAGGAACAAGUCUUUAGACCUGGAAGCUCUACAGCGCUGGGAGGUAUCCUUGAUGGAGUGCAAGAGUUUCUCCCAGAUAAUGCUGCACCUGUUCACACUGGACUCCAGCGUCACCUGGUCCGCCAGUAUACUGAACACCAGCUGUAGGCUCUGCAGGAGGAAGACAGAUCCUGACAAUAUGCUUCUCUGUGACGGGUGCAAUAAGGGACACCAUCUGUACUGCUUGAAGCCUAAACUCACCGCAACUGGGUAUCCGAAGAAAGUGCCAGAGGGCGACUGGUUCUGCGACGUGUGCAAGCCUAAGGAGAGGACUCCGCGAAAGAGGAGGAAACUCUAUACUGAGGAAGUGGAGCAGGAGGAAGCUAAUAGCAGUGACUCCGAGUGCGUGGACGCGGGAGUAUGUGCGUGCUGCGGUAGCGGCGGGCGGCUGGGCGCCACGUGCGGCGCGUGCGGCGCGCGCUACCACCCCGAGUGUGCGCGCCCGCGCCCCGCCCGCGCCGCGCGCCGCUGGCUCUGUGCCGCCUGCCUCGCCCCCGCGCGCGGUACGUAUCCACCAUACUAUGUACUAUCUAUACUACGCUACCACCCCGAGUGUGCGCGCCCGCGCCCCGCCCGCGCCGCGCGCCGCUGGCUCUGUGCCGCCUGCCUCGCCCCCGCGCGCGGUACGUAUCCACCAUACUAUGUACUAUCUAUACUACGCUACCACCCCGAGUGUGCGCGCCCGCGCCCCGCCCGCGCCGCGCGCCGCUGGCUCUGUGCCGCCUGCCUCGCCCCCGCGCGCGGUACGUAUCCACCAUACUAUGUACUAUCUAUACUACGCUACCACCCCGAGUGUGCGCGCCCGCGCCCCGCCCGCGCCGCGCGCCGCUGGCUCUGUGCCGCCUGCCUCGCCCCCGCGCGCGGUACGUAUCCACCAUACUAUGUACUAUCUAUACUACGCUACCACCCCGAGUGUGCGCGCCCGCGCCCCGCCCGCGCCGCGCGCCGCUGGCUCUGUGCCGCCUGCCUCGCCCCCGCGCGCGGUACGUAUCCACCAUACUAUGUACUAUCUAUACUACGCUACCACCCCGAGUGUGCGCGCCCGCGCCCCGCCCGCGCCGCGCGCCGCUGGCUCUGUGCCGCCUGCCUCGCCCCCGCGCGCGGUACGUAUCCACCAUACUAUGUACUAUCUAUACUACGCUACCACCCCGAGUGUGCGCGCCCGCGCCCCGCCCGCGCCGCGCGCCGCUGGCUCUGUGCCGCCUGCCUCGCCCCCGCGCGCGGUACGUAUCCACCAUACUAUGUACUAUCUAUACUACGCUACCACCCCGAGUGUGCGCGCCCGCGCCCCGCCCGCGCCGCGCGCCGCUGGCUCUGUGCCGCCUGCCUCGCCCCCGCGCGCGGUACGUAUCCACCAUACUAUGUACUAUCUAUACUACGCUACCACCCCGAGUGUGCGCGCCCGCGCCCCGCCCGCGCCGCGCGCCGCUGGCUCUGUGCCGCCUGCCUCGCCCCCGCGCGCGAGACGAGCAGUCGUCGGUGCGCGGCCGCGGCCAGCGCGUACAUCAACAGCUACAGUCGCAUGGCGAGACACACGGACUCCUUCGAUUCGGAUGACAGCGAAUAUAAUGUAGCGCUGGUAAAACUGGCCAAACCAGGGAGAACCAGCAAGGAGUCCUCGCCAGUACACAAUGGAAAGACUAAGAGAGGACGGAAAUCAAAGAAUCAGGAUCAAGAAACCACAAAUGAAAGGCACACGACGGGCAGAAGAUCGAAGAACUCGCUAACAAAUGGACAUCACGAGGAGCGAAGCACUAAGAAGCGCAGCAGUAGGCUGACGCAGCUGCAUACAGAGGCGCUGCAGUCUCUGCUGCGGGACGUCAUGAAGCAUAAGGACUGCUGGCCCUUCUAUGAACCCGUCUCACCUGAAGAUGUGCCCGACUACUUGGAAGUGAUAGACCAGCCGAUGGACUUCUCAACGAUCCGCGACAAGCUGGAGUCGGCCCAGUACGUCACGGACGAGGACCUGCUGGCUGACGCUGCGCUCGUCUUCCUCAACUGCUACACGUACAACAAGGACUCGCACCCUGUCGCCAAAGCUGGCAACCGUCUAGAAAAAUACAUGAACAAGCGCUGCGUGGAACUAGAGCUGCCAGCGCUACCGGAGAUCAGGCUGCAGGAGGACGACGCGUCCUCCAAGAGUAGCAAGCGACCCUCGCCCUCCGAGGACGAAGACGCGCCGCUACCCAAGCGAGCCAAGCUCAAGUGACCUGCACCCUCCCACCUCGCUGAUUUCGUCACAUACUGAGGCUAGUGAUUAAUAAUUAUACCCCUUAACAUAACUACGUAAGGUCCCAUUUUAAUAGGAAUGAUGAUAAAAAGGAAAAUAAAAUAUGAUCCCUCUGAUAGUUUAGAACAUUAGAUACGUAUAUUUUCUUUUCCUACAGAAUAAACAACUUUCCACGGUAUAUUGACUCGAAAUAGCGCGUGACAUCACUUCAUGUAUAAUUUUUACUUAGGCGUGACGUAGCGAGCAAAUAUUAAAGAUCAAUUUGUGUUAUCUGAAUUCUGUUGUCAAGAAAAAAUACGUGUCUAAUAUUUUUCCUUCGUCUAACAGACGGACUAAAUAAAUUUUUAAUGUUAUCAUCCCUAUUGUAUUGUUUCACGUACUUAAAUAAUGAGUACGUUCAGUAUUGAUGUAUAAAAUUUUAGUCUGCUUAGUUACGGCUGCGUUCAGUUCGUUGUAUGAUAUAGGAGUUAGGUGGUAGACGCAUGUGCAAGCCUGUCACGGAUCUAAUUGUGAUACCUAUCAUUAUGAGCGCAGAAAUUGAUUGACAAACGAUAUUGAACCUUAAGUUCUCUGAUUAAUCUAUCAUUUUCGAAUGUAUAAAAACUGUUGCUAAUUUAACAAUGUAUCAAUUUCUGCUCUCGUUAUGAUUAAUCCAUCGAAAUCGACCAAAUAUGGUGUGAAUACGCUGUUGAUCAGCAUACACAAGAUAAGCGUCUGGAAUAUUUAAAAAAAUCACAUCCAAGUGAAUUAGCAUUGUUAAUAAAUAAUGCAAACAUUCGCAUUUAACAGAAACUCACUAUAAUGUUUAAAAAAAAAGUUAUAAAUACUUAAAAUUGUGAAAUUUUAUGCGAUACUAUAAAUUCCAGUGCUGGGAACUGCGUUUUAUAGUAUACACUACACUAAAGCAUAGGGCACAUACACAGCUUCAUAGCGGUGUGACACUCCCUUAAAAAUACCCGAACAUUAACAAUAUAUGACUGUAACAAAAUAACUUUAUAAAUUGAUAAGUAUAUAUGUCAAUUGUUAUUUGUAAUGUAUAAAAGACAAAUCUUAGGGCGUAAUACUUAAAUACAGGAAACGUUAACAAAUUGUAAAAAUAAUACGAAUAAUGGAACUUAUAUUAUAACUUUCGUGAGUCCAUACUAAAUUAAUUGUUAUGGUUUUUCGACUUACGUAAUUGUUUAAUGAACUCGACUUGUUCAAUGAAUAUGAGCCUCUAGUAUGGCUUGGUACUGUCGCGGAGAACCUAACGGGUAACCGGGGCUCCGACUCGACG